UGAUUGACCUCCUUUAAGAUGCUCCACCUCCUGUUCGUCCUGUCUGUUCUAAUUGGAGUGUCAGGAGCUUGGCAGAUAAUCACUGGUUCUUCAGUGCUGGACAUCAGCUCGUGUCCCAUCACUUAUUAUGGACAGAAGUACGAGCAAAUCUAUGUCGCCUUCAUGAGUGAAAACAUUGCAUUUUGCUUUGACAACUUUUUCAACCCUGAAACUGGAGGUGACUGUCUUGUGGGGACUGCACCUGACUUGGACAGCAUUGAGUUUUGGAUAAAUGAACCCAAUGCUGGAAUCCAAAAGCUGAUUUAUGACAAUGUAGCAACAAUUCAGAACAGGAUGGAAUGCUACGUGUUGUUUAUCAUGGAGCUCAAUGGGAAAGACUAUGAUUUGGUUCCAGUUAAUUUCGGGACACAAACGGCUCUGAUUGUGGAAAUAUUGGCAUUUGGUUCAGUGGUGUUUGAGGCUCUGGUUGGUGGUGUCACAACUGAUAUAAUGGCUGUUUCAUUCGGUCCCUACAAUCGUCAAUAUCAAAGAUUCUUUGACAUCAGUGGAUGCAGACAUGCUGGUGCUGUGUAUGAAUAUGGUGCAGUGCUGAGCUCAGAUCCAAAAACCUGCUUUAGUCUCACCUGUUCUGACACUGCAGCUCUGCAGAUUUCUAGCUGUGGCCCUCUGGAGCGUUGUGAAGGCAACGGCAUCUGCAUGUUGAACUCCACCUGCACUGUGACUGGCCCCACUGUCAUUGACUUCCAUGGCCAGGUUAACUCUGUUGAGAAUCGGUGUUCAUAUUCUCUGGUCUUGACUCCAUCAGUCCCAAACUUCCAUGUUUUGGGGAAUUUCCUGGAACGCCGACUUAAAGACAUGAGCUUUUUGGACAGUGUGACACUGGUUCUGGACAGGCCCAGCAUUAAAUUUCAUCUGGAACAAGGUGGGAGAGUUCGGCUGGACAACACAAUCCUGACGCUCAACAGUUCGCCUCAGCUGGUUCACAAUGUGGAGCUCUCUAAAGACCGAACUGGAGUCACUGCCAAGUUGUUGCUCUCGUACUCCACCAUCUCUGUCUUCUUUGACGGCUACACUGCACAGAUCCACUUAGAAGGACCUGCUGAUUUACCUCUAGAGGGUCUGUGUGGAAACUCCAGCAGGUCUCUGAGUGACCUGAGGCUCUCUGAGUACAGCUCUACCAGUUGUGAGGUGAAAUACAAUGAUGCUGCUGACAGCACAAUCAACUGCAACAAGAUGAUUGAACGCUGUAAUCUCCUGAAAGAGGCGCCCUUCUCCUCCUGUAACAGUGACAUUGACCCAGAGCCCUACAUAACCGCCUGCACCGACACUUUGUGUAAAUAUCCUGCAGUGGACGGACUCAACUGUCAGUUCCUGAAGGCCUACGCCAGAGCCUGCAGUCUACACAACCACACUCUGGAUGGCUGGACCUCAAAGACCAGCUGCUCCUCUGCAGCCUUCUGUCAGGACAGGAUCUGCAGCGAUCACGAGUUCUGCGGUCAGAAGACAGUCGGUGGUGACACUCGCUGCUUCUGUCGGGCCAUUUUUGCCUCCAAAUACAGAUCAACCGACACUUUGGGUGAUCAAACAGUCUGCAGCCAGAACUCUGCUUUGCUCUCUCUGGUCGGUUGUCUCUUGGAGGACAAAGGCAUCGACUACUCUGCCUUACACCUCAACGACCCGACCUGCAGGGGUCAGAUGGACAAGCUCACCCACAUGGUGACCUUCAGCUUCAACAGCAGCAACAGCUGUGGGAUGGUGGUCACGACUAACAACAGCCAUAUUAUCUACACGAACACCAUAACGAACCAGAACAGCUCCUCUGAUGUCAUCACUCGCCGAGACCAAGUCUACAUCGACUUCUCCUGUGUCCACAUUCAGCCAGCUAUCCAGACUGCUAACUUUAGGAUCAGAGACAGUUCUGUGAUCCAGCAUGCUACACCCAGUGUUUGGAAUUACACUUUGACCAUGAAGGCCUACACUGAUGUAGGUCGCACACAAGCUGUGGAGUCUUUCGCUGAAGUUCCUCUGAACCAGAGAAUCUGGGUGGAGCUGAAGGCUGAUGGGUUGGAUGAAGAAAUGGUUGCCAUGGUAACAGACUCUUGCUGGGCCACCGACCUGGCGUCGUCCUCUGGGAGCCUCAGAUAUGACCUGAUUAUCGAUGGUUGUGCUAACCCCGCUGACCAGACUGUGGAGGUGAAGGAAAACGGGUGGGGAACCUCCAACUAUUUCUUCUUCAAUAUGUUUCAGUUCACUGGGAGCUCAGGUGAAAUCUACCUGCACUGCAAAAUCCACCUGUGCCCCAAAAGGAGAAACAAAUGCAUCCCGUAA